AUGGCGAACAAGUCCUUUCUCUCUAAUGACGAACUGUUCACGCCUUCAUCUUGCAUCCAUACCAAUUCCCCAUUUCCCAACAGUUCAGGCUCUGAAAAAGAUUUGAAGCAGUCCACGAUUGUGGUCGAUGUUUGCUCCGAGUUAACAGAAUAUCGAGCCGCCGUGAGCUACCUGCGACGCAGUGGUCAGCUUCGUCUCAUCCACGAUGCCGAAUCCCGUCCAGUGAUAUUCACCAUCGAUGAGGACAAGCAACUAUGUGUCCUCGAACAUGGUAUUCAAGCCUGUGAAGGCUGGUCCACCCUCGUCAUUUCCCCGCCUGGGGCUUCGGUGUCAUCAUUUGAUGUCGUUCAGUCUGGGAACAUGGUUUUUUUGGCUGUGGUUUGCGCGUCAAACUCAAAUAGUGGGUCAUUUCACAAUGUGUAUCACUGCACCGUGGAUCUGUCCAAAGAAGGAUUUUCCUUUACGAACCCACUGGAAAUCGAUGAUAACAAACCAACAAGCCUCGAAUGGGUUUUGGUUCCAGACAACACUCUGGACCCCGUCGGAGAUCUGACCCUCUCGUCGAUCAUCUGCAAGUCCAUUGCCACUGCCGAUGGGGACCCUGCUACUCAGAUUAUCGUGGGCACGGCGGCACAUGGAGUCAAGGCAGCCACCCAAUAUAUCAUUAAUCCCACUGGGAGUGAGAAUGAAGUUUGGUUCCCUCUGACGUUCCCGGCGGAUGCGUCCAUUCUUCAACAGACUGAGCCGAUGGUUCUCGGUAGCGUUGAGUCCGACAAGAUAGAAGAUGGAAUGGUUUCACUCUUUAAGGAUUUCUCAACCGGCGAACGAGGAAGAUGCGUGGGCCAAGUGUCGGCUCCUCGCGGAGGCUAUUCCCGUAGUUUUGAAUUUAAGGCCUCAAAGCUCGGCGACCUGCGGGGAGUUUUCUCCUUGCUCAAUCCCUGGGGCUUGACCGACGUCUUCAUUGCUGGCCAACAUGGUAUCGGCUUCUAUGGCUUUGAGAACAUCGACAACAUGGCGACAGAGCCCAUUCUUCCUGAAGUAGGGUUCCGCCAACUAGUGGCGUCGGAGGAUCUGGAUCCUCAGGCUCCGGAAGAACAGUCCAGGAUUGCCAUCUUCGCCGUUUCGGAUGAUAACUGUCUCUAUUUCGUUGAAGGAACUCGCCACUUUGCCGACCGCAGGAUCUCCUUCUCGGCAUCGGGGCUUCCCAUCCGAACAGGGGUCACCCAUCUCUCUGCAAGAUAUAACGCAUCCCACGGCACCAGUGAACUGCUGUAUGGAACCGAGGACGAGAAUGCCCUGUAUUUCAUCCGCCGUGACCCUGCAGGCCGAUUUUGGAACGAGGACCGCAUCACUCGGAGGGCCUCGAAGUUUAUCAAAUACGACGCGUUUGUGACGGCUAUGACAUUCACGGACGGCAAUGGGCAAGCACUGCCUCUGGAUUAUCCUAUCACUCUUACUGCAGAGUCAGUCAACAUGGUGGCAAACGGAAUUAGUCACUCUCUCACACCAUCUCCCACUGUGGUAUACCCUGACGCCACGGGGUCUAUUCUGAUGGCCAUCCCUUCGCAAGAUCGCUUGGGUACUACGCCUGUAACGGUCUCUCUCGGACCGGAGAAUGCCCGCUACCAGUUCACGGUGAACCCGGAUGAACGAGUGCGGCGUUUACUAGGAAAGUUCGGCUCUACUGACACAUUGUUGAACGCGACAACGACGACGGGAGAGAAGGUUUUCGAGGGGUAUCAGACGAAGGAUCUCGAGCAGGCAGCCUCGGUCCUGGGAAAUUUCCCCGAGAUGAAGGAAUCAGUCGAAAAACUGUCAGAGGCUCCAGUACCAGUCGCUGAAUAUCCGCCAAUGAGCGAAGAUGAGCCGAGCUGGCUUGAGAAAGUUGGUCACAGCGUCGAAUCGUUCUUCUGCGAUAUCGUCGAGUUCGUCAAAAAGGUCGUCAAAACCACAGUCAAGGUCUUCAUCCGUGUCGUUGGUCCCAUCGUCAAAAUUGCAUUCAAAGUGCUGGGUAAGGUAUUCUCCUUUGCAGUGAAGGCAGUUUAUGGCCUUCUCGAAGGAAUUGCCACGGUACUGGAUGUCAUAUUUCCAUCACUCGGAAUGAAAAAAUUCCUGAAGCUACUCAAGCUUUCCGUGGAUCCUGAAUGCAUCAAAGAGACACAGAAGUACCUACAUUCUACUUUCAUGGGUUCAUUAGGAUAUGUGGAUCGCUUCCUAACAGUCAAUCGAAAGAGCAUGACUGAUCUUCUCGAUGAUGUGGCCGCGCUUGUGCGACCAUUUAUCGAUGAUCCUCGGGGGCUUCCAAAGGAAGACCAAGAAAAGAAGCCAAGCCUUUCAUCCACGAUUAUGAAAAACCCGGUCAUUCGACUAUUGUCGAGUAUAAACCCCAUUUCAUGGAUCAUGGAGGCCAUUGAGGAGGAGAUUGGGGAGUUUCACGUUCCCUCACUGGCUCCUUUGCUUCAAGAAAUGCAGCAGGUCAUUGGAAAGUCCAUGGACCAUGAAAGUCAGAUAAUCAGUCAAUUACUGGAUACGCUGAUUGAGCAGUUUGAGAUGGCGAGAAACGGUAAGAAAGGCGUGUUGGAGGCCUUCAUGGCUAGCCUUCAGGGUACCUUUUGGACACUUUUCGAUACCCUUCGAACCAUGAUGGAAGGGCUCUACGACUGCAUGUUGGUUCUCAUACGUGGUAUUGGGCCAAUUCUUACCGAAGUGUGGAAGAUCCCGGGCUUGACCGAUCUUUGGGAAGACAUUACGGGCACCGAGUUUACUCUACUCGGAUUCGCGACUUUUCUUCCAGCCGCAGUGACCAAUUUCCAAUGUUUGAUGGCCUAUGAGCAGCUCCCUGUCAAAUUACUUCCUACUGUCGACUUUGCAACCCUUCCAGUGCAUCGUCUCUAUCGUUCUCAUCAGACUCAGCCCAAUUUCUCUAUCCUGACAGCAGUCGCGGCGCCGGAGCAGUUCGAGUAUCUCGCCCCAACAUUUCAUCACAAAUCUAUAGGCGAAGUAGCGCUGCAGAGCACGAAGAUCAACAGCAUCAAGCCAAAGAGCCUGGGCGUCAGCAACUCUGUCCGAGUCUUGUCUGAAGCUGAAAGCUCCACCGAAACAAAGACACAUGAGAGCCUUCAUUGGCUGGGCGUGGUUUUCGAAAACGUGGGGCGAAUGUUGAACGCAACUGUUGCGGCAUAUGAGUCUUUCCAUGAAUACGGACAAGCGAAGGCGGCACAACAGGUACGACCAGCACCGGGUGUGCAAAUGGUUCAACUACCUCCUGCUCCUCCUGCCCAACAGCCGGGCCCCCAGUUCCGACCCAUCAAUCAGGGGCGGAAUGUACCUGCUCAAGGGGGAAACGCGCCUGCUCAUCGUGGCCCAGGAGGGGGAAUCAAGUGCAUCGCUGCUGUGGGAAGAGUCUGCCAGGUGGGUGGCUUGAUCACCUCUGGGGUCACUGGAGAAACCGCGCCGACGAUGGAACACCCUUUUCGGGCUAUUCCUGCGGCACUCGGGAUUCUGGAGUUACUUUGUGUGGCGAAUGCCCAUCUCAGUGAGGGUACCUACAAAGCGGGCAAUCGCGCGGCUGAGGUAUUGGGUGCUUUCGGGUCCAUUUCUCGUGCAUGGAUGCUAGAUAGCGAUCAGAACGGCGGUGUCGCAACGGCGAACAGAGUUGUCCAUACGGCAGGACCUGUUGUUGGCCUCGUUGGAAUGGGUCUUGACUUCUCCAAGGAUCCCCGGGCCAAACUUGCUGCAGCGGGCUGUCAUGCGACGGAUGGGGUCUGCGGCCUAGUGGGUUUCGGAACGGCUAUAGCUGCAGCUAUUGAUUCGUAG